GAAGUACGUAAGAGAAUGUUUAGGCAGUCUUCUAACCCAUGCCAGGUCAUUUCUAAUAGUAGACGGGCUCUGCACAUGUUUUGAACGAAAUACAUAUAUCAGAAGAAUAAUUAGACUCAGGUUAAUGACAUUUUAACGUUUUGAUCUGUUUUCUGCUAUCCUUGCCGUUCUCGACGAGAAGGUACUAAAAGCGUGAAUAAGAGAUAGAUUGCAAAAUCAGGUAUAAAUCACAUCCCUGUGUUGUUGAAAUUGCCCCAAGUGGUUUCAGCUGACGUCCAACAAUGUCCAUGCCUACUAGAGUGUUUCGCUUUGUGGUCUUCAAACUUGGCAAUGUGCCACUGAAUAUGCCAGUGUGUAGCUCAAGGCUGGCCCACCAUGAUGUGCGUACAUGGAGUCAGAGAAGUCAUGCCUCAGAUCCCAGGCGUACACGAGAACAGGAGAGUAACGAAGAGGACUUUGCUGUGCAUGAUGUGGACGCGCAGAUUGAGGCUGUGAUCAAGGAGGAGAAGAAAAAAAUGAAAACCGUGAAAUUCCACAAGAUCGAAAGGCAGCUGAGGCCGAAAGGAGCCCCAAUGCGGAAACUCACUUGGGACGCCAUUGAACAAAUCAGGUUUCUAAAACAGGAAUCUCCAGAGGAGUGGACCAUGGAGCGGCUUGCAGAGGGCUUCUCCGUCACCCCGGGUGAAAUUAACAGAAUACUCAACAGUAAAUUCACUCCAAGCCCAGAGCGGAAGCUAAAGCAAGAUACAAUGGUGUUGGCUAAACAACAGCAGCCGCCAUCUCUUGCAGACGGGACUAUGGUUCAGCCCAGGCUACUGCCUAGGAGUGGCACAGAGGCAACACUUCCUCCAGGAACCACAGGAGCCCUGGUGGCCAGUCGAAGCCAAGAGAUGAUGAAGGUGGACAGUAAAAUAGUGGCACAUUUCAGUAGAAGCUCCACUGCUCUUUCCCAGAGGCCCCCAGAACGGUCAAGCUCCCUGACAACUGGCCAAGUGAUUAGCACAGUACCCAAACAUCCCAAAAACAAGACUGUCACCAGUGAAAAGACUGUAGAGUUAAAGGAAGAGGAUGAGGAGCAUUAUUCUGAAGAUGAGGACCGAGAGCUCUGGGAUGGGAUUACAUUUUCAGACUCAGAACUCCAAGAGUUUGCUCAAACUAUGACUGAAAAACAUACUCCGGUAGUGCAGAGGGGGAGAGAAUAUUUUGACACAGAGGGUAACUUUCUGUACAGCAUAUAAAGAGUUAUUGUAACAUGUUUUCUAAAACUGAUAACCAAGGACUGUUUGCAUUUGAAUGUGAUAAUGGUAUAUUGUCAAUUUUUGGGCGCAAUGAAAAUGCCUGUUAACAUAAUACUAGUCACUCCGCAAAGAUGAAUGAUCACUUGCACAUCCCAAAUAAAUAACACACCCAUAUGACUACAA